UAUCCUCCUCCUCUAGUCACGGGAGUUUACUCAGACCAGGUCCAACCUCCAGUACAGCCUCUAUUCAUCAACCUCGUCUUAUCUAUCCAACACAAGGUAUUAGUGCCCAAAAAUGGCGGAUGUUGAAAAGGGAGAAAACAAACCAACUGUAGGGCCUGAUGGUCGUCCUCUUGGACCCGAUGGAAAACCUCUUCCGGGCCCAGCACAGAUGCAACAGAUCAUGGCUCAGAAGCGAAUGGCCCAACAACAGGCUCAAGUUGAUGAAGUAGUUGGGAUUAUGCGGAACAAUGUUGAGAAGGUUCUAGAGCGAGACCAGAAACUGAAUGAGUUGGAUGAGAAAGCUGAUGCUCUGCAAGAUGGCGCCAGCCAGUUUGAGAAAAGUGCUGGAAAACUGAAAAACAAGUUUUGGAUGGAGAACAUGAAGAUGAUUGUCAUAGGUGGUAUUGCAGGGGUCAUACUUCUGGGACUCAUCUACUGGAAUUAUUUCGCAAGUCCUGAGCCACAGUACCCUCCUAACUACUAUCCUCCACCCCCUCCGCAAAACGGUGCCCCGCAGAAGGCCCCUGUCGGCGGCGAAGACGAUGCUAGCGACGACUCAUAAAAACAUUAACGGCAAAAUUCGUAAUCGACCUACUUUCGGAUCCAACAUAGAGUGAUUUCGAUAAUGUUCUAACUUCGCAAAAAAUUGUUUCUCGUAAUCCAUGCCCCUUCAUCUCUCUGCAAUUACCCUUACAAUUACACUGACCAGAUUUUUAUUUUUUUUUAAUCUAUCUUAUUUGUUCAGGUGGAAAUUUUAAAAUACUCAGUUAUUAAACUUUAAAAAUAUUAGAGAAUUAUUUACAUAAGCUUCAGAACACCCCACUCUUACGUGUAUAUGAGCAUACACUGAACAAUAUCUUUUUCAGUGUUUUUUUCCAUUAUAUCUAUAAUGUAUAAUGUACUACUUAUUUCCCCGACCUAGAUAUUAUUAUCUUAAUUUCAUUCUCCUCUCAGAGUAAAGUUAAUUAUUAUAUUUGAACAAAAAAAGGCAAUUAUUAAUAUCCAUAAGAAUUUUUUUGCUUGACUUAAUUAUGACCUGAAGAAUGAAUAAAGCUUAAUCUAUAAAGUUUAAUUUUUGAAACAUCUGAUUCAAAUACUCAUUUUUUCUAUUUUCAACCUUAUCUGCUUUAAGAAAGCUUACAUGCAAGAAAAUGUCAUCUUAAAUUAGUAAAAAUCUUCUUUGAUUAUUAAUAUAUUUACAAAUAUUUAUUAAAACUAAAAUUUGGAAUGUUGUAAAAAGUUAUCUGAAAUAUUUCAAAUUUUCUAAAUGUUCAACAUUGUUUAUAAUUGGUUAAAGAAAAGGUUUAUCAAUAAACUGUUAAAACAUU